CAUUUUGCUGAGAUAGGAACCAAGUUGGUAGGUGUUUCCCCAAGUGAAGUCGGAACAGUCAUUGAAUGGGCAUAUCAAAAUGGCGGACCAAGAAGUGUCGGUGAGGGAGUUCGUUGCUGUUACUGAUGUUGAUGAGGAGAGGGCCCGUUUUUUCUUGGAGUCUGCCGGUUGGGAUUUGCAGGUACAUGCUGAUCACAUCGACCUACCAGUUGUACUACAUGUGAUAUUUGAAUUGAACUCACAACAACAUACGAAUGACAGUAGCUAGUUAGCACUUACUAGCAGGCUAGCUACCGUCCGUACUAGUUUCUGCUGGUGAUUUGUGCAAGUCACUCUUUCUCACAACAAUAGAUCGAGUGACCAUUGCGGUCUUAUUCCCUGGCAUCUAGCUAUAUCUACCAAUCCGUUUCAUACAGAUACCAAUGUUUUACUACCACUGUCUAGUAGCUAGUUUAACGUUAACUUGCUAACAAGUCCGUUUCAUUUAUGAAUGGCUCACUGCGUUCUAGCUAACUAUCUGGCUAACAAGCUAGCUAGCAGGUUAGCUAUUGUAGCUAACGCGUUAGUUAACUAGCCGAUUGGCAGAUAUUAUGGUCCAGCAGUAAGCCAACUUCAUAACUACCUAACAACAUUUUCCAUCUAGUCACUGAGAGGAUGGCUAAUUUAUCUGAUUUUUCCCAUUCUAACGUUAAUUGCUAGCAAGUAUGUUGAAGAACAUCCUUCACAGCUAACUAAAGUUACUAGUAGGUAGCUACCUUUUUUUUAUUAGGCAAGUAAAGUAAACAAGUAAGCUCUAACUAGCUAGAUAGCUAGCAAUCAGCUUUAGACUAUGACUAGACAUUGAGAUCUUGGUCUCUUUCCUUAGCUUGCCCUGGCCAGUUUCUUUGAAGAUGGUGCUGAGGAUGACAUUGUGACACUUCCUCAGCCAGAGAGCGGUGGAUCCUCUGUGCCUCGUUCCACAGGGCCUGGCAGGUACAUAGCUAACUGACCUCCGUAAAUCUAUUGUUACACUGUCAUUCUCUGUACCGAUUAAAACAGAAUGCCCAAGUCCUUUCAGUGUUGCCUUUGUCAUCCUUUUUUUAUGAAUAUUCUAUGAAACAUUUCAUGUUACAUGAUUAAUGUUUGACCUUAUUGUCAUUCAUUGUUAUUUUGUUGUGUGUAAAGGAGUGAAAAUAGGGUGACCUCCUUCAGGGAUAUGAUGCAUGAGGAAGAAGAUGACAGUGAUGAGGAAGAAGGGGAAAGGUAAGUCUGUCUAUACUUCUAUGACUUUAGGGUGUAUGCUGAGCAUGCCUCCAUUCUCAUCGACGGGGCUGUAGUGGAACAGGUUGAGAGCUUCAAGUUCCUUGGUGUCCACAUCACCAACAAGCUAUCAUGGUCCAAACACACCAAGACAGUCAUGAAGAGGGCACUGAAAAGAUUUGGCAUGGGUCCUCAGAUCCUCAAAAAGUUAUACAGCUGCACCAUCGAGAGCAUCCUGACUGGUUGCAUCACCGCCUGGUAUGACAACUGCUCGGCCUCCGACUGCAAGGCACUACAGAGGGUAGUGCGUACGGCCCAGUACAUCACUGGGGCCAAGCUUCCUGCUAUCCAGGACCUCUAUAUCAGGCAGUGUCAGAGGAAGGUCCUCAAAAUUGUCAAAGACUCCAGCCACCCUAGUCAUAGACUGUUCUCUCUGCUACCGCACAGCAAGUGGUACCGGAGCGCCAAGUCUAGGUCGAAAAGGCUUCUCAACAGCUUCUACCCCCAAGCCAUAAGACUCCUGAACAGCUAAUCAUGGCUACCCGGACUACUUGCACUGCCCACCCCCACACCCCCACCCCAUCUUUUUACGCUGCUACUCAGUUAAUGAUUUAUGCAUAGUCACUUUAACUCUACCCACAUGUACAUAUUACCUCAACUAGCCGGUGCCCCCGCACAUUGACUCUGCACCGGUACCCCCCUGUAUAUAGCCUCACUACUGUUAUUUUAUUUUACUUCUGCUCUUUUUUUCUCAACACUUUUUUGUUUUAUUUUACUUUUUUAUAAAAAAAGAAAUGCAUUGUUGGUUAAGGGCUGUAAGUAAGCAUUUCACGGUAAUGUCUACACCUGUUGUAUUCGGCGCAUAUGGCAAAUUAAAUUUGAUUUGAUUUGCAUUUCACAUUGCAUGUAGGCCUAGGCUAUGUGUAUUUUGGACAGCGUGUAGGGUGCCUCCAGAAUGUUCCAAACUAUUUUGGUUUCUCUAUUCAGUUCUCUGUAGGCUGGUAUUGCUUUCUGUUGCAUCAACAGAUUCUGCUGGGUGGGGGUGUGUCCCUGUGUUAUUCUUCUACUUGUCAAUAGAAAGAUUAAAUAUUAAAGCAUUAGACCUAUCACUAAAAGCUUCAGUCAUACAAAAGUUAUACUUAAAUCCGAACUGGUUCUCUAGCAAAUUAGUAAGAUUGUCUCACCCAAUGUUCAAGAAUGGCCUUUUCCCUUUAUUCAGAUUACAACCUCACACUUUCAGUUAUUUGAAAAGGAAAUCAUCUCCCAAAUAUCACUAUUUCUAAAACAAGCCAUAGAAAGUUGGUUGCAAUUUCAGUUGAAUCCUCCAGAAACUACAGAACAAAUAAUGCAACAAAUAUUGUGGUUAAACUCAAAUAUACUAAUAGAUAAAAAACCAUUUUUUUGGACAAUGUUUAAAAAAGGUAUAAUCUUCGUAAAUGAUAUCAUCGGUAGGACUGGUGGAGUUGUCGCACAUGCAGCUAACAAAAACAUAUGGAAAUGUCUGCUCUACCCAAAAUUACAACCAAAUAAUUGCAGCAUUACCGCAAAAAUGGAAGGGGGAAAAUGUAAGGAACUUGUCUGUCGGCCUUGCAUUAAAGAACAUAAUUGGUUAAAGAAAAUUGUGAUAAAUAAUAAAGUAUACCAGUUUCAUUUAAGGACCAAAGGAUUGACAGCCUUCCCAUAUAGAUUGCAAAAUAGUUGGAGAGAUUCUUGACGUACCGAUCCCAUUGCAUAGUGUUUAUGAACUGAUACGCAAAACGACGCCGGAUUCAAAACCUUAGAAUUUUUCAAUUUAAAUUAUUAUAUAAAGUUCUUACUACCAAUAUAAUGUUAUUUAUAUGGGGGAUACAAUCUUCCCAGCUCUGCAGAUUUUGCUGCGAAGAGACAGAAUCAUUAGAUCAUUUGUUUUGGUACUGUCCAUUUGUAGCUUGUUUUUGGACACAGGUCCAGGAAUGGCUAAAGGAUUGCAAUAUUUACCUGGAGCUAACCCUGCAGAUAGCAUUACUGGGUGAUCUGAAAAGUCAUAGUCAAUCGAUCAAUAAUCUAAUAAUACUUUUAGCAAAAAAAUUUAUUUUCAAUGUACAAUCUGUAGAAACAAUGAGAAUAGAAAGGUUCAGAACUUUUGUAAAACAUCACAGUACAGUUGAAAAAUAUAUGGCAAAUAGAAAUCCAAUAUGGAUGGUGUUAAGAGAUAGAUGGGUGGUGUUGAAUGGAGUUGAAGGAUGGGACUAAUAACAACUAACAACAACUAAUAACAACAAGAUAACAAAUAAUUUAAGCAUACUGUGUCCAUAAUAAGUAUAUAGGUUAUAGGUUGAGAGCUUUUGUGAAAGAGCACAGUUAGAAAGAUAUGGCAUAUAGAAGCAAACCGGAUGGACAUCAUGAAAAUGAUUGGAGAGGUUGAGGGUAGAGGAAGUUCAGGAGUAAAAACAAACAAAAUAUAAUUAUUGUAACAUGUGUGACAUGAGCAUACCAGACAAGCUAAAUGUAUUCUAUGCUCGCUUCCAAGGAAAGCAACACUGAACCAUGCAUGAAAGCACCAGCUGUUCCGGACGACUGUGAUCUCGCUCUCCAUAGCCGAUGUGAGUAAGACCUUUAAACAGGUUAACAUUCACAAGGCUGCAGGGGCAGACGGAUUAACAGGACGCGUACUCGGAGCAUUCGCUGACCGGCAAAUGUCUUCACUGACAUUUUCAACCUCUCCCUGCCCCAGUCUGUAAUACCUACGUGUUUCAAGCAGACCACCAUAGUCCCUGUGCCCAAGUUCGCCAAGGUAACCUGUCUAAAUGACUCUCGGCGCGUAGCACUCACAUCUGUAGCCAUGAAAUGCUUUGAAAGGCUGGUCAUGGCUCACAUCAACACCAUCAUCCCAGACACCCUGGACCUACUCCAAUUCGCAUACCGCCCCAACAGAUCCACAGAUGAUGCAUUCUCUAGUGCACAUGCACUCCACACUUCCCUCUCACACCUGGACAAGAGGAACACCUACAGUGCAUUCGGAAAGUAUUCAGACCCCUUGAGUUUUUCCACAUUUUGUUACGUUACAGCCUUAUUCUAAACUGGAUUAAAUAAAUCUUUUUCCUCAUCAAUCUACACACAAUAUCCCAUAAUGACAAAGCGAAAACAGGUUUUUAGAACAUGUUGCUAAUUUAUUACAAAUAAAAAACGGAUACCUUAUUUACAUAAAUGUUCAGACCCUUUGCUACGAGACUCGAAAUUGAGCUCAGGUGCAUCCUGUUUCCAUUGAUCAUCCUUGAGAUGAGUCCACCUGUGGUAAAUUCAAUUGAUUGGACAUGAUUUGGAAAGGCACGCACCUGUCUAUAUAAGGUCCCACAGUUGACAGUGCAUGACAGAGCAAAAACCAAGCCAUGUGGUACAGAGAGAUCCUUGAUGAAAACCUGCUCCAGAGCGCUCAGGACCUCCGACUGGGGCGAAGGUUCACCUUCCAACAGGACAACGACCCUAAGCACACAGCCAAGACAACGCAGGAGUGGCUUCGGGACAAGUCUCUGAAUGUUCUUGAAUGGCCCAGCCAGUGCCCGGAUUUGAACCCGAUCGAACAUCUCUGGAGAGACCUGGAAAUAGCUGUGCAGCAAAGCUCUCCAUCCAACCUGACAGAGCUUGAGAGGAUCUGCAGAAAAGAUUUGGCGAAACUCUCCAAAUACAGGUUUGCCAAGCUUGUAGCGUCAUACCCAAGAAGACUCGAGGCUGUAAUCGCUGCCAAAGGUGCUUCAACAAAGUACUGAGUAAAGGGUCUGAAUACUUAUAUAAAUGUGAUAUUUAAGUGUUUUAGUUUGAAUACAUUUGCAAAAAUAUAUUGUGUGGUAUUGUGUGUAGAUUGAUGAGGAAUUUUUUUUAAAAAUCCAUUUUAGAAUAAGGCUGUAACGUAACAAAAUAUGGAAAAAGUCGAGGGGUCUGAAUACUUUCCGAAUGCACUGUAUGUAAGAAUGCUGUUCGUUGAUUAGCUCAGCAUUCAACACCUCAUUGCUAACCACAGGACCCUGGGACUGAACACCUCCCUCUGCAACUGGAUCCUGGAAUUCCUGAUGGGCCACCCCCAGCUGGUGAGGGUAGGCAACUACACAUCCGCCACGCUGACCCUCAACACGGGGCCCCUCAGGGGUGCGAGCUUAGUCCCCUCAUGUACUCCCUGUUUACCCACGACUGAAUGGCCUCGCACAACUCCAACACCAUCAUUAAGGUUGCUGACGACGUGACAGUGGUUGGCCUGAUCACCGACAACGAUGAGACAGCCUAUAGGGAGGAGGUCGGUGACCUGGCAGUGUGGUGCCAGGACAACAACUUCUCCCUCAACGUCAGCAAGAUAAAGGAGCUGAUAGUGGACUACAGGAAACGGAGGGCCGAGCAUGCCCCCAUCGACGGAGCUGUAGUGGAGUGUCCACAUCACUAAGGAAUUAUCAUGGUCCACACACCAACACAGUCGUGAAAAAGGCCCGACAACGCUUCUUUCCCCUCAGGAGGCUGAAAAGAUUAGGCAUGUGCCCUCAGAUCCUCAAAGUUAUACAGCUGCACAAUUUGAGAGCAUCUUGACUGGCUGCUUCACCGCUUGGCAUGGCAACUAAUUGGCAUCUGACCGCAAGGCUCUACAAAGGGUAGUGCGUACGGCCCAGUACAUCACUAGUGCCGAGCUCCCUGCCAUCCAGGACCUCUAUUCCAGGCAGCGUCAGAUGAAGGCUCUAAAAACGGUCAGACUCCAGCCACCCAAGUAAGACUGUUCUCUCUGCUACUGCACGGAAAGCGGUACCGAUGCACCAAGUCUGGAACCAACAGGACCAUGAACAGCUUCUACCCCCAAGCCAUAAGACUGCUAACUAAGACUGCUAGUUAGUCCGGGUUAACUAUUUUUAUUAUUGGUUAACUAUUUAACAAUCUGCAUUGACCGUAUUUGCACCAACUCUUUUGACUCAUCAUAUACACUGCUGCUACUGUUUAUCUAUCUUGUUUCCUAGUCACUUUAUCCAUAACUAUAUGCACAUAUCUACCUCAAUUACCUUGUGCCCCUGCACUUUAACUUGGUACAGGUACCCCGUGUAUAUAGCCAAGUUAUCGUUACUCAUUCACUCCUCAUGUUAUUAUUUGUCUAUUUUCUAUUAUUCCUCGUGUUUAUUUCUCUCUGCAUUGUUGGGAAGGGCCCGUAAGUAAGCAUUUCACUGUUAGUCUACAUCUGUUGCUUUUGAAGCAUGUGACAAAUAAGAUUUGAUUUAUUUGAAUCACAGCACUGAUGUUGUAACCAGAGGCUGCCUCUUGGACAAGAUCCAAAAUUCAGGUUGUGUUGUAUCCACAUUCUUGCUUUGCUUCCCUCUAGGUUCUUUGCUGGGGGUUCUGAACGCAGUGGGCAGCAGAUUGUGGGCCCCCCCAAGAAGAAGAGCUCUAAUGAGGUGGUGGAGGACCUGUUCAAGGGGGCUAAGGAGCAUGGGGCCGUACCCGUGGAGAAGGCUGGGAGAGGCCCAGGAGAGCCUAGUCGAGCCAGGGUAAGAAAAGCUUCUCAGUAAUUGUGUCCUGCACCUGGAUUACUUCUCUUUCAUUUACUGAUCACAUGUAUGUGUUACUAGCCCUGUUUUUUGGAAUUGACCUUAAAUCAUAGAGGUAAUGGUGUAUAAUGUUUUGCUUACUCUUUUUCUCCUCUAACCCUCCUUCUAGCCGUUCAUUGGUGGUGGCUACCGGCUUGGUGCAGCGCCUGAGGAGGAGCCUGUUUAUGUGGCUGGAGAGAGAAGAACUGCUAACAGCCAGCAGGAUGUUAGUGUUUGACAGUGAAUUUAUUUUGAUAGAUAUUUUGUAUUGCUAGUAUAAAUUUGAUCUUGGAAGAUUACAUUUACUUCAGUAUACUUGAUGUAGCCUAUUUUCUUUACUACGUGCUGAAGGUGCAUGUAGUCCUGAAGCUGUGGAAGACAGGUUUCAGCUUGGGCGACGGUGAACUCAGAAACUACAGUGAUCCUGGCAACGCCAUUUUCCUGGAGUCCAUCCGUAGGGGGUGAGUACACUGUCCGUACUGUCUCCUUGUCAUACUGUUUAUAUGCAUGGCUGCUCAUGUCACAUCAUGUUCCUAAAUCCAUUUACUAAGUUAUAAAUGCAUUUAUGGCAUACACAUUCUGCUCAGCACUGGACAGCUGGAGGAUACAUGUCUCUCUCUGAAGUCUGUUUCCUUAUUGCUGAAGCAUUGUCAUAAUUUAAGUCAUUCUACCUUUCAGAGAGAUUCCUUUGGAGUUGAGACAGCGCUCCCGGGGGGGUCAGGUCAACUUGGAUAUGGAAGACCAUCGGGAUGAGGACUUCUCCAAACCCAAGGUUGCCUUCAAGGCAUUCGGCGGGGAAGGACAGAAACUGGGCAGGUGAGCCCGCUCUAUUCUGACAGAAUGCAUCACCUAGAACAGUGUUUCCCAACUCAGGUCCUCCAGUACCCCCAACAGUACAUAUUUUUGUUGUGGCUCCUGACAAGCACACCUGAUUCAACUAAUCAUCAAGCCCUUGACAAGUUGAAUCAGGUGUUUUUGUCCAGGGUUACAACAAAAAUGUGUGCUGUUGGGGGUACUCGAGGACUGGAGUUUGGAAACACUUUUCUAGAAGGGUAAUGUAAAUUGUAUCGACUCGCCUGUCUGUCUACCUGCCAUGGAAGAAAUUUGAAUUGGAACAAGAACAUAACCUACUUUUCAUCACUGGAGUUUUUAGAUUUGGGUACAACCCAAAGAUUCUCAGAUGAAAUAGGGUGGCUGUUACAUCGUAUUACCACAAGGGGGUAGAAAAGGGAAUUAUGGCACAAUGUAAUAUUGUAUUUGAUGACGUUUUCAAGAAAUUAAGAGUUAAAAUCAUAAUGUAACCCAACAAUUUUUCAAAACCUGAUAUUGUCUUCUGAGGUCAAUUAUAAUAUUUUCUUUAACAAAUCAAUGUCAAAUACAGUAAUCACAAUAAACAUCUCUCUUUCCUGCCUCACUCCUCCAUUCAGUGCCACUCCUGAGCUGGUGGUGUCUGCUCCGCGGAUGGGGGACCAGGUAGCCAGUGAGGCCCAGGCCAUCGCCUCUGUGAACCUGGAUGCCUCCCAGCCUGUAACCAACAUCCAGAUCAGACUGGCCGACGGGGGGAGACUGGUGCAGAAGUUCAACCACACUCACAGGUCAGUUUUGGAGCCAUUAAGCUCUACAUCGCCUUAGUCCUACCAUGACAAACACCAUAUUUUCUCUACUUGUCCACAGGGUGUCGGACGUGCGUCAGUUUGUGGUGGGAGCUCGACCUUUGAUGGCCGCGACAGAGUUUGUGCUCAUAACAACCUUCCCCAACAAGGAGCUGACUGACGAGAGCCAGACGCUGCGGGAUGCCAACCUGCUCAACGCAGUCAUCGUGCAACGGCUAAAGUGAUGUAGCCCCCUGGUGGCCUGGCUGGUUCACAGCUCUUUGAUCCCCCUGAGGGACGAGACACCAUGGACUUAUGGACUUCUAAUUCCUUUUUUUUCUAUAGUGUUACAUUUUCCCUCUUCAGCAGUUUGAGGGGCAAAUGUGGGGAACAGAUAGGGCUUCGGAGAAAGGCAGAAGAAACAGUGGAUUUGGUGGUAAAAGCUGUUUAGAAAGUAGUAGGUGAACAUGCACAGUAACAAUAAAGUUUUCUUAACAGUUUCAGAGAUUGCUUUAGAUGUUCAUAAUACUGUCAUUUGUUUUGUUCAUUACUUUCUAUCUUCCACUUAUCUCUCCUCUGGCUCAACUCUUGCCUGUUAGUUUGGCUUUUUCCACACAACAAGUUCUCAUCAGAUCAACCCAACUGCAAAUGUACCCAAUGUAUGCCAGUAGCCUUAUGCUCCCAUCAUAUUCAGAAUCACAACAAACCAUCAAAACAGUCCCAACACUAAGGAAGUGGGAUUUUGAUGCGUAACAUUAAUAGCUAGAUUGCUUUACUAUAAAACUAAUGAUUGAACAGAAACUAACUUUAUAACUUAAAGACAAUUGGUUUUAGUGGCAGGUUGAUCUCACACUGAUCUCUAUGCAGCCUUGGACAGAAGAAUGGGACAGUUGGAAUGAUUGUUUGGACCUCUGGAAGGUAAUUCAAUAAAUUUGUUUGGUGUAUAUGGAAUUCCUAUUCUUGUUAUUUUCUAUUAUGAAGAGUUACGGAACAUAUGAUUACUUUGAUUACAUAUGAUCAUUUCAAAUUGAUCUUAAAACCAUUCUUGGAAAAAAUCUUACUUUGUUUUUAAGCAAGGCGGUCUAAUGAUAUGCUAAUGUAAUGGUUCAUUGACCCUUGAUUGCGUAAUUGGUAACUAAGUUGCGUUACCUCCCUAAGCAAGUGGGUUUUGCUCAGCGGGCUAACGGUCUUGGGGUACGCUGCAUGAGACCCGGGUUUGAACCCUAGCCUAGUCGGUCAAACUAAUCUGCUUGAAUAUGGAAUGCUGUUAGUCUAUCACUAUAUUAUAGUGCUUUUAUAGAGUAGGCCAAUUAAAAAAUAAUAAUCAUUACCAAUUUAGGAAAUGUAAGUUUGGUUUUUGAAACUAGUAUGAAGUUAUUGUACAAACCAGGGGAGGCUCUUCAGAGGAAGGGGAGGACCAUCCUACUCAAUAGAUUCAACUAGUCAGACUAUAUUCACGUCAUCAAAUAGCCGAUUAAAACACUGUUUUGCAACAUUCCGUCCAAAAAAUAAUCAAACAUAAAUCAUGUAGCAGAUAGAGUAUAUGACCUUUUCUGUAGCCUACAGGCUGGAGAUAAAACGUAUGACAAUGUAAUGAGAAAGAAACGUUCUACAUCAUGCAGGUUUCUUCAAUCAAAUAGUCUAACCUAAAUGGUGCCCAAUCAAAUAAAACGUGCUGACAUGUUAACAAACAUAUCCUAAAAACAGGACAGGUCAAAGUAAAAUGGACAAUAUGCAGUGGCGACCUGCCAUUCAGGGCAGGUGGGGCAGAGCCUGUUUUUAUUUUUUGUUGCCUGUUUUGCAUGUUAUUUUGGUAUUAAGUGUCACAUUUAAGUUUGCAAACAAUGUAAAAAAUCACUGAGUUAAUAAAGCCGCAUACAAACAUGGUCUAUUUUUUGCUUUCUUGAGUAAAGCAGCUCCAAAAUGCAGGUGCUUCAGCCUAGCUCAGUGCUUUCUGUGAUGGUGGGGCAGCCAGCGGAAAAUACGGAGCGUAGGGGUUGGUAAUGUUCUCUAGUUGCGCUGUGAUUGUCUCAGUGUUCUGUCACGCACAGAAUGCGCUCAGCUGUCUCCCGACAAUUUUUGCACAUUCAUUGUGUGAAUUGUUUGCCCUUUGAUUGUAUGUUUUUUUUUUUUAUCAAUUCCCCAUUACAUACUGUAUGUCACAAGCAUGACUAGUAAAUGUACCAUUAAUCCUCUGUCAUUUGGUUACGUUCAAAUCUACAGGGAGAGCUCGAAAAUUCAAGCCCCUUGGGUGCUGCCAUAGAGCUACAUUAGAAGUGCCCUUCCAAGAAGGCUCAAGGUCAUUGGCCACAGAUAAAAUGGCAUCAAAUCACGUUAUAUAUGGGAUGUAGCUCAGUUGGUAGUGCAUGGCGUUUGCAACGCCAGGGUUGUGGGUUCGAUUCCCACGGGGGGCCAGUAUGAAAAAGAAAAAAAUGAUGUAUGCACUCUGGAUAAGAGCGUCUGCUAAAUGACAAAAAAAAAAAUAUAUAUAUAUAUACAGUGGGGGAAAAAAGUAUUUAGUCAGCCACCAAUUGUGCAAGUUCUCCCACUUAAAAAGAUGAGAGAGGCCUGUAAUUUUCAUCAUAGGAACAUGUCAACUAUGACAGACAAAAUGAGAAAAAAAAUCCAGAAAAUCACAUUGUAGGAUUUUUAAUGAAUUUAUUUGCAAAUUAUGGUGGAAAAUAAGUAUUUGGUCAAGUAUUAUUUUCAAUAACAAAAGUUUCUCAAUACUUUGUUAUAUACCCUUUGUUGGAAAUGACACAGGUCAAACGUUUUCUGUAAGUCUGUUGCUGGUAUUUUGACCCAUUCCUCCAUGCAGAUCUCCUCUAGAGCAGUGAUGUUUUGGGGCUGUCGCUGGGCAACACGGACUUUCAACUCCCUCCAAAGAUUUUCUAUGGGGUUGAGAUCUGGAGACUGGCUAGGCCACUCCAGGACCUUGAAAUGCUUCUUACGAAGCCACUCCUUCGUUGCCCGGGUGGUGUGUUUGGGAUCAUUGUCAUGCUGAAAGACCCAGCCACGUUUCAUCUUCAAUGCCCUUGCUGAUGGAAGGAGGUUUUCACUCAAAAUCUCACGAUACAUGGCCCCAUUCAUUUUUUCCUUUACACGGAUCAGUCGUCCUGGUCCCUUUGCAGAAAAACAGCCCCAAAGCAUGAUGUUUCCACCCCCAUGCUUCACAGUAGGUAUGGUGUUCUUUGGAUGCAACUCAGCAUUCUUUGUCCUCCAAACACGACGAGUUGAGUUUUUACCAAAAAGUUCUAUUUUGGUUUCAUCUGACCAUAUGACAUUCUCCCAACCCUCUUCUGGAUCAUCCAAAUGCACUCUAGCAAACUUCAGACGGGCCUGGACACGUACUGGCUUAAGCAGGGGGACACGUCUGGCACUGCAGGAUUUGAGUCCCUGGCGGCGUAGUGUGUUACUGAUGGUAGGCUUUGUUACUUUGGUCCCAGCUCUCUGCAGGUCAUUCACUAGGUCCCCCCGUGUGGUUCUGGGAUUUUUGCUCACCGUUCUUGUGAUCAUUUUGACCCCACGGGGUGAGAUCUUGCGUGGAGCCCCAGAUCGAGGGAGAUUAUCAGUGGUCUUGUAUGUCUUCCAUUUCCUAAUAAUUGCUCCCACAGUUGAUUUCUUCAAACCAAGCUGCUUACCUAUUGCAGAUUCAGUCUUCCCAGCCUGGUGCAGGUCUACAAUUUUGUUUCUGGUGUCCUUUGACAGCUCUUUGGUCUUGGCCAUAGUGGAGUUUGGAGUGUGACUGUUUGAAGUUGUGGACAGGUGUCUUUUAUACUGAUAACAAGUUCAAACAGGUGCCAUUAAUACAGGUAACGAGUGGAGGACAGAGGAGCCUCUUAAAGAAGAAGUUACAGGUCUGUGAGAGCCAGAAAUGUUGCUUCUUUGUAGGUGACCAAAUACUUAUUUUCCACCAUAAUUUGCAAAUAAAUUCAUAAAAAAUCCUACAAUGUGAUUUUCUGGAAAUAAAAUUCUCAAUUUGUCUGUCAUAGUUGACGUGUACUUAUGAUGAAAAUUACAGGCCUCUCUCAUCUUUUUAAGUGGGAGAACUUGCACAAUUGGUGGCUGACUAAAUACUUUUUUCCCCCACUGUAUACUGUAGCUAAGAAAGUAAUACUAAGUGUAUGUUGUGUAGUAAGCUGUUAGUAGCCCAUGUGCCUCACCCUAAUAAUUUGGUCCCUUUUCCCCUCAUAAUUUAGCCUACUGUUCUGACUUGGUGGUGCACAUGUAGCCUAUAUACUGUUUUAAAGAAAUGCCAUCAUCGCAUAUUGUAAGAGCUUUAUUUAUCGUACAGUUCUGACUUGUGUACAGGGAGAAUACUGUAAGAACGGCCCAUUUUCUGAAUUCUGUCGCUGUACAUUUCAAAAGUGCUGAACAAAUAGUUAUACUGACUACAUCCGUCCUAGCUCGCUCAUUGUCUUAAUCGAAAUUACGGAUUGCCUCUUUUCCGCUCGUCGUCCCCUUAUGCCAUAGUUUGUACAUCUCAAUUGUCAGUAGAAACCACAUUUGUUUAAGCAAGUCAGCCAUAUCAGCUAUGUUUUUUUUAAAGGCAGUAAAUGAGGCUGAAUGAACUGUUUCGCUGCCAGACAAGGCUCUGCUGAUAGCCAGGUGUAACAGUGGUAAGGUGUUGCGACUGCUGUUGGGACUCUGCUGUUGGGACAGCUUUAUGUAGGCCCUAACAGUUUGUGGCCACCGUUUGUCACUGUUAUAGUCCAAUGAAUGUAUUGUUUAGUGUUGUGUAGUGGCUUUGCUGGAAUGCAUAAUUUUGUUUUGUUUUUGUUUGCCUCACCAAGAUUUACAAGCUAAAAUCGCCACUGACAAUAUGUAAUGGACAAUCAGGCUACUUACAACUGCUGUCCAGGAGAUUCAUCCCGUGGGCUAAUUUGUAAUGAUCAGUGGUUUCGGGUUUGUAUUUCGUACAUUUUUGACGAGCUGAUCAUUGCGAAAAAGAAUAUGCUUCUGCAUUUCCCGCUAUGUAAACACAUUGCAUAUAGGCUCAGGAUAACUCCUCCUGAUAAAGUUGGGGAGCAGAUAUUCAGUGUUAAAUAGCCAAAUAUCAGGACUAAUAAAGCCAAUGCAAUGGCCUGUUUUACAAACGGUGGGCCUACCACAUGGAUGUGCAUUCAUAAAAUUCCAUUGCAGGCCGACAUGGUAGGCUACACCCCAGUAAGCACGGAUCGACACUGACGCCUUUUGGACUUCUUUUUUGGUGUUUUACAAAUGGUAGGCCUACCACAUUGAUGGGCAUUCCUAAAAUUCUAUUUCAGGCGACACUGUAGGCUAUACCUCAGUAGGCACGGACCAACGCCGACGCCUUUUGGAUGUAUUUUUUGGUCUUGUCCGGACCGGCCUUGAUUUCCACGUCCAUG